AUGCUCACAAAGUCUCUCGGUCUCAGCUCGGACAACGUAACCUACGAUCUUGAAGACUCUGUCACACCCUCUCUCAAAGAUACAGCUCGCAAUCAACUCCGUGAGCACAUAACCAGCCUCAAAGCUCGUCCCUCCGGCAUCUCUGAGCUUGCCAUUCGCAUCAAUGCUGUUUCUACUCCCUUUGCACUUUCAGAUCUGACCACACUGGCUCCCCUGCAUCAUGUAGAUGCGGUGGUGGUUCCCAAAGUUAACUCGGCAGCUGAUCUGACUUUUGUUACCGACGUUCUUCGCCAUGUUGCCCCAGAGCGACAUGCAGCAGAUGCAGAGAACCCAAUCAAGAUUAUCGCCCUCAUAGAAUCGGCACGUGCUGUCAUGGAUUUGACGCAAAUUUGCAAGGCGUCCCCUUAUCUAAGUGGUUUCAUCUUCGCUGCCGAGGAUUUUGCUCUUGAUUUGUCUCUAACAAGAACCCCGUCGUUGACGGAAUUUCUGUACGCUAGAUCAGCCAUUGUCACCGCUGCCCGGGCUGCUGAACUACCGAGUGCUAUUGACCUUGUUUGUACCUCAUACAAGGGAGAACAGGGUGUCAAGACUCUGGAGGAAGAAUGUGCUGGAGGUAAAUCCAUGGGCUUCAACGGAAAGCAAUGCAUUCACCCCAGCCAGGUCGAAGUCGUACAGCGCAUGUUCGCACCCGACCAGAAAGAGGUCGAGUGGGCUGUAAGAAUAGCUAUCGCUGAUGAGAAAGCUUCAGCUUCGGGGCGAGGUGCUUGGACUCUUGACGGCAAAAUGAUUGAUGCUCCUGUUGUUGGGAAGGCUAGUGCAGUAAUCACCAAGGCAGAGCAAUGUGGUAUCGAUGUUCAAAGCCUGAGAAACACAUGGAAGAACCAAGAACCAGAGUAA